GACACGGCUUUUCCUUUUUCCUCUAAUGCCCCUCCAAUCAAUGAUCACUUUAAAAUGUGCCAAGACUCCCUUAUUUGUGUGUGCUCAAAUUCCACUUCAAAUUUCUAAAACUGUUGAGGGAGAGUUCAAGUUCAAGAAAAGACAUGGAGAGCUUGAAGGGUCCUGGAGAUGAUCUUCAGCCACUAGACACCUACAAGCUUGCUUAUAUCAUCCAUUUCUUGUUAGGUGCUGGGAAUUUGCUACCCUGGAAUGCAUUUAUCACUGCCGUGGACUACUUCGGUUAUCUCUAUCCCACCGAGCACAUCGAGAAGGUCUUCUCAGUCGCAUACAUGAGCUCAUCGGUGCUGGUUUUGGUCAUCGUGGUGGGCUUGGGCGGAUGGAGCAGGAAGUUGAGCCUCAGGAUGAGGAUGAAUGUGGGGUUUUCGUUGUUUAUUCUAUCCCUGAUGGUGGCUCCAAUCAUGGAUUGGACUUCAGGUGGUGGCAGUGGGGCGAAAAGAGGAGGAAAAGUGGCAUAUGGUGUCAUGGUUUCAUCAGUGGUCAUGUGCGGAUUGGCCGAUGGGUUGAUAGGAGGAAGCUUGAUUGGAUCCGCUGGGAAAUUGCCAAAACAGUACAUGCAGGCUGUGUUCGCCGGAACUGCUUCCUCAGGAGUUCUGGUUUCAAUCCUGAGGAUCAUCACAAAAGCAUCUCUUCCACAGAAUCCGCAAGGUCUCCGGACCAGCUCUCACUUCUAUUUCAUAGUGAGCACCUUCAUUCUGCUCCUGUGCCUCGUCUGCUCCAACCUGCUGUACAAGUUGCCAGUUGUUCGCCAACAUUACAUGUUUCAUCAGGACAAUCUCCAAUGCCCAGGGCUGAAGCUCUGGGUUGUAGCCAAGAAAAUCCGGCUCCCUGCUCUCGCCAUGGUCAUGAUAUAUCUAGUGACGCUGUCCAUUUUUCCCGGAUUCAUCGCAGAGGACUUGAAAUCCGAGGUUCUCCAGGAUUGGUAUCCUGUUUUGCUGAUCACGAUAUACAAUGUUGCCGAUUUAGCCGGGAAGUCCCUGACUGCGAUCUACGUCAUGAAGAGCCUGAAGAAAGCCACAUGGGGUUGUGUCUCCAGGCUCCUAUUCUAUGCCCUCUUCUAUGUUUUUCUCCACGGACCCGACUGGUUGAAAACCGAAGCUCCGAUGGCCACAUUGACGUUCAUGCUCGGGUCAACAAAUGGUUACCUGACGAGCGUCCUAAUGAUUCUGACACCGAAGUCGGUGCCGGCUUCAGAGGCAGAGUUUGCCGCAAUCAUGAUGGUUGUGUUUCUGGGAAUUGGGUUGGUCAGCGGCUCAAUCAUUGGCUGGUUUUGGAUCGUUUAGGUUUUAGCUGAGAGAAAUGGUCAAAUCGAAUGUUCUCUGCACCGAGAAUUAGUUCGAGUCCUAGAAUGUAAGGUCAAUGGAUGUAGAAAAAUGCAGGAAUAAACUCUUAUUCAUCC